AUGGACAUGUCACAGAGAAUGCUUGGGGUUCAGCAGCUUUACUGCCCAAGUGAUGGAACGGCAGAGGUAGAUAUUGUUGCGGUGCACGGGCUAAACGGUCAUGCCGUCGAGACCUGGACGGCUCGACCAGAAAACGUAUGCUGGCUAAGUCACCCAGACUUCUUGCCAAAAUAUGUUCCGAACGCACGAGUCCUCUCCUGGGGCUAUAACGCAAACGUGUCGUCCAUCACGGGCCCAACAAGUGCCAAUGGAAUCUUGGGACAUGCUCAGACUCUUGUAUCUGACCUAGAAGCUGAUCGAGACUUGAAGGAGGCUACUUCGAGACCCAUAAUUUUCAUAUGCCACUCCCUUGGGGGAAUUAUAGUCAAGAGAGCCAUAUCUUAUUCCGCCAGCCGGAAGAGCCCCAGGUCCGCCCACAUUCAAUCGAUUUGUACUAGCACUUACGGGAUCCUCUUUUUCGGAACGCCACACCACGGGUCCAGCAAAGCUCGACUUCUUGCAAAUCUUCAGAAGAUUGCCCAGCUUGCGAUACCAAAGAAAGUCGCAAACUUUGAGACCCGUCUUGUAAAGGCGCUGGAGGAGCAAUCCGAAAUCCUUCAGAAUAUUACCGACCAGUUUGCGCCUCUCAUGACGGAGUUUCGCAUCUAUUUCUUCUGGGAAGAGGAGCAGACGGAUCUGAAGUACACCAAGGAUAUGAUUGUGGAGGAAGCGAGUGCCGCGCCGAUACUUGACAAUACUGAAAGAUGCGGCAUUGCUGCAGAUCACAGGGGAAUGUGCAAGUUCAAUCAUCCCAGCCUGCAAGGCUUCCGAACUGCGAUUUCCGCCAUCCGUCGUUACGCUCGGGAGGCACCCGAAGCCAUUCGUACCAGACACAAAAGGGCGUUGGCUGCACUUCACGAAAGCCAAGUGUAUCAGGCCACGGAUCUUCUGCGAACCAUUCGGCCCGCAGAUACACACUACGAUUUCAGGAGGACCAUUGAGCUCCCUUCUUCACGAGGUGCACGCGAUGCUUUCCUUACGAAUACGGGGUACCAACCAACUCUAGGACCUUGUGAGCGUAGUAGUGAAAUAGAAGAAUAG